AACAACCAACUACUUGCCACCAUUCGAAAGCAACAUUAACAAUCUAAUGCAUAUUUGACAUUGCGCAGAGUCUUGGACUGGUCCGAAGCACGUAAACAGCCUGGUCGUGACUCAACUGGAAGUGUUGACUUGGGGGAGAAAAUGUCAGAAAAGAAAGUUCCGCCCGUGAAUUACCCGCAGGUUCCGUCUGCACCCAUGGAGUUCUCGAAUUAUGGAUUUCCAGGCAAUAGAGGUCCACCACCAUCUUACGAAGAAAGUCAAAAGAAUAUGUACCCUCAACAUCCGCCCCCAGCGUAUCCGCAGGGAUCCCAAUUCGGGGGCUACCCUUCAGCUCCAAGUUACGCCCCGGGACCAUCCGCGGGCGGGGCUCCGUACAUGCCAUACUACAAUCAAGCGCAAGGCUUCCCCGUAAACAAUGCCCAUAUGCAUAACUUCCAGCAAACGCCUCAACAGCGCCAAUUCGGUGUUGUGUAUAGUAACAUGCAGCCCCAGAAUAGUGGUCAACCAUCAGUAGAGUUCGAUUCUGGUGCCAGAUUUAAGGGGAAAGGUGCUGGGUCGAUAUCAGUGCCUCCUCCCCCUCCAGGUUACUUGCCGACACCUGCACAACUCGCCGCGAUGCAAGGACAGCCGGUGAUGCUGAAAAAGAAGAAAAAUUCCUUCUUUUAAUCAGCGACAUAGACCACAGGCUCGCGGGCUUGCGAUAUCUUCAAUGUUAAAAACGAUAUAAUUCAUAAUAAAUGUUGAUCAUUAAACGCUUUUUGGCGUGCAUGGUUUAUCGUCAGGAAACACGAACCAUGAGUAGCGCAAGGUUUUCAUGAUGUUAGAUGGCCAAUAGGUUGGAGCCGUUAUUUCUACCCAUGUUGAAUUUUGUUAAGACGUUUAGAUAAGGUAAUAUAAAUAGGAAGCUGUUAAGAAAUUAUACUGGUUUCGAGAGAUUAAUAUACUUUUUCCAAUUCGA